ACUUGGCUCAAUUAACAGCCACUUACGUUGGCAAUAAAGGCCGGCCGACCGCCCUCGCCGUAAGGCAUGCUCUGCCGGACGUCAUAAAUACUGUAAUUCUUUAAAAAUGCCAGACGCUAACUGAGCUGAAAACCAAAUAGGGCCAAUUAAAUCGAAUCUCCGCUAACAUGUAUGGCUUACUGCUGGAGAACCUCUCCGAGUACAUCAAAUCUGUGUACGGCGAGGAGAAAUGGGAGGACAUCAGACGACAGGCGGGCAUCGAUGCGCCUUCGUUCAGUGUCCAUCAGGUGUACCCCGAGAAUCUGCUGCAAAAACUGGCCAAGAAAGCGCAAACGGUUCUGGGAGUAUCAGAGCGCGAGUUUAUGGACCGUUUGGGCGUCUACUUUGUUGGCUUUGUGGGUCAAUAUGGAUACGAUCGAGUGCUGUCUGUGCUGGGGCGGCACAUGCGUGACUUUCUCAACGGUCUGGACAAUCUGCAUGAGUAUCUGAAGUUCUCAUACCCACGCAUGCGUGCGCCCAGUUUCAUUUGCGAGAACGAGACCAAGCAGGGACUCACACUCCACUACAGAUCCAAGAGGCGGGGCUUUGUCUACUAUACGAUGGGGCAGAUACGUGAGGUGGCGCGCUACUUCUACCACAAGGAGAUGCACAUUGAGCUGGUCCGUGAGGAGAUUCUGUUUGAUACGGUGCACGUGACCUUUCAGCUGACGUUCGAUAAUCGCGCAUUCACCCUCGCCUCCCUGGCCAUGACCCGCGAGGAGAAGCACUUACCCAUCAGUGCGCACGUGCUCUUCGAGAUAUUCCCGUUCUGCAUCGUGUUUGGCGCCGACAUGGUGGUGCGCAGCAUUGGCAACUCUUUGAUGGUUAUACUGCCCGAGCUGCUAGGCAAGAAGAUUACAGCCUGGUUCGACCUGGUACGCCCGCUAAUUGCAUUCAAAUUUCAAACCAUACUCAAUCGCACGAACAACAUAUUCGAGCUGGUUACCGUGGAUCCAGUUACGGAGCGUUUGGAUGCCCAAAAUGAGGAUCUGCUGCUGCAUGAUGAUGGCAGCGAGCCGGAGAAAUCUCUGCGACUGAAAGGUCAAAUGGUUUAUAUGGAAAAUUGGAGAAUGAUAAUGUUCCUCGGCACUCCAGUGAUGCCAGAUCUGACGUCUCUGAUCACAACUGGUCUCUACAUCAACGAUCUGUCCAUGCACGACUUCAGCAGAGAUCUCAUGCUGGCGGGCACACAACAGUCCGUGGAACUGAAAUUGGCCUUGGACCAGGAGCAGCAAAAGUCCAAGAAACUGGAGGAGUCUAUGCGUAAGCUGGACGAGGAAAUGCGACGCACCGAUGAGCUCCUAUAUCAAAUGAUACCCAAGCAGGUGGCGGAUCGUUUGAGACGCGGCGAGAAUCCCAUAGAUACCUGUGAGAUGUUCGACAGUGUGUCUAUAUUAUUCUCGGACAUAGUCACGUUUACGGAGAUUUGCAGUCGCAUUACUCCCAUGGAAGUGGUAUCGAUGCUGAAUGCCAUGUACUCAAUCUUCGACACGCUCACAGAGCGCAAUUCGGUCUACAAAGUGGAAACAAUUGGUGAUGCGUACAUGGUAGUGGCUGGAGCACCCGACAAGGAUGCGAAUCAUGCCGAGAGAGUCUGUGAUAUGGCGCUGGAUAUGGUCGAUGCCAUAACCGAUCUGAAGGACCCUUCGACGGGACAGCACUUGAGAAUUCGCGUGGGCGUUCAUUCGGGCGCCGUUGUCGCCGGCAUUGUGGGCCUGAAAAUGCCGCGAUAUUGCCUGUUCGGCGACAGCGUUAAUACCGCCUCCCGAAUGGAGUCCACCAGCAUCGCCAUGAAGGUGCACAUAUCGGAGUCUACAAAGGUGCUGAUCGGACCCAGCUACAAAAUACUCGAGCGCGGCGAAAUCGAUGUCAAGGGCAAGGGCACCAUGAAGACCUACUGGCUGGAGGACCGAGAGAAUCGCCUGCCGCUGCAGCUCACCUCUGGACUGCAGUUGAAUCCCAUGUCCGCGGCACCGCCGCUUACACCCAUACCCAAGGCCAUUCUGCCAGCGUCCAAGCCACAUACACCCAAUGCAGCGCAGACAGCCGAGGCCCCGCCGGCGGCUAUGUCGAACGUGGUGCUGGGAGCAAGCGGUGCCUUGGUGGCUGCCUCGGCUCUGACUCAUCAUGCUGGAGCCACCGGAACGUCUGCAGCUGAUGAGCGGAGCAGUCGCAUCUACUCGCCGGUUACUUUCAAGGACGUGGCCAGGAGAAGCAUCGCCAACUCACCAGUGCGGACAAGCGCCUGUUAUCCAGAGCAGAAUAAGCGCCGCGAAUCCCGUUCCAAUUCCACUGGUCACGUUUUCAUGCGCUCGCCCAGCGACAUCUUCGGCUCGCUUAUACUGGACACCGAGGAGUUUCUCGAGGACUUGCAGAGCUCCCGAGGCCCACUCACCGGCAACAGCAACAAUAACUGUGAGUCGCCAUGUGGCUUCAGUAGUCCCACGCCACCCUUCCGCAUCGGCAGUGCCCCGCCCAAGCCACGUCCCAGUCACCCGGACAAGUUUACGCCCGAGGAGCUGGCCGCCAUGGAUCAACUGACGCCUCCCUCAACUGCGCCGGCACGUGAAUCGGCCACAUGCAGCAGUGCGAGCAUAAAGCCCUCCACAUCCAACGCAUCUCUGGAGCGGGACAAGGCUACCAAGUUGAAAAAAAUCACGUUUUCCACCAGCACCACCCUGGAGGCAAUCAACGUGCCUAUUGCGACGACAGCCAAGGAUGCCUGUGUGGCUUCAGGGGCUCCACCUGAAGGAGCUCCGAUUCCAAAAGUUUGUCCUAUGCGCCGCAGCACGUCGCCGCCGAACGGAAUGGGCACAGCGCCAGCCGCAGUGCAAGCGAGCAGCAGCAACAGCCGACCAGGUAGUAAGGAUUCCAUGUCAUCGAUCUCUCUGCAUUCACCUCCACCACAUCGUUCCAGUUCUGCGCCAGCCAGACCCCAUUCCAUGUCCAAGGCAGCGCGGAAAGCUUUCCUCGCUGCCAAGCAGACAAAGGCCAUGGAGAAGCUGGACAAGAUGAUUGAGGAAGCGCAGGAAGUGGAAUCACAGUCGGUGGCCAAAGCGGCCAACGUGCGUCUUGCCAUUUUUGGACACGACGGCGGUGGCGAUGACCCGGCUGCAGGCGGCUGUCCACUAUUUCUGCCACCCCCACCAGCACAGUCAAUGGGUCGCAUAAUGCCGAGCUCCAUAUCCGACUCGAGCAUUUGUAACCAUGGACAUAGUCAUGCGCCCAGCUGCCAUCACACGCUGCACGAGCCGAAGAUGAGCAAUAGCCAGAGUUUCCAGCACGCACGCAGAUCGGGUCCCAUUACUCACCAGUGCUGCAGCGGAUUCGGAGGCCAUGGCAACGGCAGACACUCGCAUCGCAUGCACUCCAAUGCCUGCAGCCUGCUGUAGACCUCUCGAAUAGGGAAAUCUCGGACUCCCAGUCAUAUCGUCUCUAUGUCAAUGUGCUUUUCUAGAGUAUAGUCAGCAAUUGUAAGCUCUUAAACUAUGGUUGGUUAACUGUUGAUUCUCAUAUACGAGAGUGUAUAUGUGUAUGUAUCUGUAUUCAAAUAUACA